AUGAUUCAAGGAGGAGAAACUUUCGUGGAAGUUCUUCAAAGUCAUCAAUCUUCCCAACUGGUAACCAAAGAACGCGAAGAUCAAUCUGCUCCUGCCGCUUUGGAAAUAUCCGAUAAUUCCAAUUGCAGUAUAACUGUUUAUGUUUAUAAAUUAGUUUUGAAAAUGAUGAGACCCAUGGUCCUCGAACAGGGACAGAGAUUCACCCUCAGGGACGGUUCAAUGACCUUGGGAACCGGAGUAGUAACCAAAGUGUUGCCUUUAAUGAAGGAAGAGGAGAGGCUAUCGCUCACGGAAGGUAAAAAAGCCAGAGAAAAGAAAUCCGCCAAGCAGUGAAGCAAAAACUAAUAUUGUGAAUUUAUUUUAAUGUUUAUGUUCAAUAUAUUUAAUUAACCGAUGUUUUAUAGAAUUUAAUCGGAAUAUUUUCCAUAUACAUGCAGUGUGUCCGGA